UUCAAAGCCGAACCCUAAAGCCCGUCGAACUCGCUACCUCUCUCCGCUUCUCCUGCGCCGAUCGCCGGCCAUGGCGGAGCCCCCACCCUCCGUUACCGUCGCCAACGCCAUCCACCGUAUCCAGAUCGCCCUCCUCGACGGCGCCACCUCCUCCGAACGCCAGCUCUUCGCUGCCGGUGCCCUCCUCUCGCGGCCCGACUAUGAAGACGUCGUCGUUGAGCGCUCAAUCGCCGAUCACUGCGGCUACCCCCUCUGCCCGAAUCCCCUCCCCCACGACCGCCCCCUGAAGGGCCGGUACCGGGUCUCCCUCCGCGAGCACAAGGUCUACGACCUUAAGGAGACCUACAAGUACUGCUCCCCCGCCUGCGUCAUCGCGAGCCGGGCCUUCGCGGGGAGCCUCAGCAGCGAGAGGAACUCUGAUUUGAGCGCGUCCAAGGUGGAGCAGAUUUUGGAAUUGUUUCACCAGGGGGCGUCAUUGGAGGAAGUUCUGGAGAAAGAUGGGGAUUUGGGGCUCUCCAAGUUGACGAUUCGGGAGAAGGCGGAUGCCGGUGCGGGGGAGGUAUCGUUGGACGAGUGGAUGGGUCCUUGCGAUGCCAUCGAGGGCUAUGUUCCCCAGCAUGAUCGCAACAAAGGGUUGAAGGUUGCAGCCACACAGAAACCGUCAAAAAGAGUGGAGGCUGUUAGACAGGGCGAACUGGAUUUUACAAGUACCAUGAUUGUUGAAGAUAAGCUUGAUGGGUUUUCUUCUUCUUCAGUUUGUACACAAGAUGUUUCAGAGGCAAUAGCAAAGAAGUUGGAAGACAUGGAUCUGUUAGAAAAGAAGACAAAAGCAACUAAAACAUCAUCAAAAUCUUUGAAGGCUAAACCCACAAGAAAGGUAAACAAAAGCAAGAAUAAUCAAAUGGAUUUUAAGAGUGUCAUAGUCAUGGGAGAUGAGGCUCAAACAUCCUCUGUGUCAACUAAAAAUCAUUCAGAACAGUUCGAUUUUACAAGUCCUAUGAUCAUUGAUCAGCCUUCAAAGACAUCCUUCGUUGAGUUAGACAAUAAUUUGAAUAAUGAGGUUCACUUGGAAAAUGAGCUAGAAUCCCUGGAAAUUGCACAAAAGGAGCUGAAAGAUAGAGUUAAGAUGGAAAAGAAGGAGACUGCACUAAAAUCUUCCUUGAAGGCUGCGGGGUCCAAGGUUGGAAGGCAAACUGUCAAGUGGGCUGAUAUGGAAAAAGACAAGGCUCCAGAGGAAAGAAAGGAUGGCCCUGAAGGCAAUAUAAGCACUGGAGCUUUACAUGGAGAUGAUGAUGGCAGUUCCUUACGGUUUGCAUCAGCUGAGGCUUGUGCAGCUGCAUUGACACAGGCAGCAGAGUCUGUUGCUUCAGGCUUGUCUGAAGCUGGAGACGCAGUUUCUGAAGCUGGAAUUGUUAUCUUGCCACAACCACAACAUGUCAAAGAGGGGGAUGCUGAGGCAGACGAGGACACAUUUGAGUUUGAUAGGGGAUUUGUGAAGUGGCCUCAGAAGACUGUGCUUUUAGACACUGACAUGUUUGAGGUUGAGGACUCAUGGCAUGAUACACCACCAGAGGGUUUCAGUUUAACGUUAUCAUCUUUUGCAACAAUGUGGAUGGCACUUUUUGGAUGGAUAACAUGUUCUUCUUUGGCUUACAUAUAUGGGCAAAAUGAAAGUUCACAGGAUGAUUUCUUAUUGGUUAAUGGGAGAGAAUAUCCCCACAAGACAGUCUUGGGAGAUGGCAAGUCAUUAGAAAUUAGACAAACUAUAGAUGGAUUUGUUUGCCGUGCCUUGCCAAGCAUUGUUAUGGAUCUCAAGUUGCCAACACCUGUUUCAACUUUGGAGAAAUUUGUGGGGCGCUUGCUGGACACAAUGUCAUUUGUAGAUGCACUGCCUUCCUUCAGAAUAAGGCAAUGGCAAGUGAUUGUUCUUUUGUUUCUUGAUGCCCUCUCUGUGCAUAGACUUCCUCCUCUUGCCCCGCAUAUGACAAACAGGAAUAUGCUACUACACAAGGUGCUAAAUCCUGCCCAGGUUAGUGCAGAGGAGUAUGAAUCCAUGAGAGAUCUAAUAAUCCCAUUGGGCAGAUUUCCAGAGUUAUCCAUGCAAAGCGGUGGAUAGCAGCACCAUGCUGUGUUCAAGCACCAGAGUCAGUCAGCAGUUUUAGAGGAUUGUUUUCAAAUUUGUACUGCAGGUUUUGUAUCACUAUUUUCAGUGGACCGUAUGCUGUUAUGUUUACAUAAUUUCCAGCCUUGAUGAACAAUUCUUGUUGAGAAUUUUCACCUGUCCUAAUAUAUUUGGAUAAUGCAGUUUAGUUCGUACUACUUUCUAUCCCUA